AUGGCGACCUUGAGAAAUUAUUGGGUUCUCUGUCUUAUUCUUGUCAUGGCAAUUGUUGGGCUAAAAGGUGACGAGCUCAAAAAUGGCAAUGCUCCUAGUCAAGGCAAUGCCACUUUUGUUACUUUCUCAGGUCAAGGUGUAAAUGAAGGUGCAAAGGAAAAACACAAAACCUCCUACUCCUACAAUGAUAAUGUUGACAAAGGUAAUUAUUAUAGUGGAGGAGGAGGGGGUGGUGGUGGUGGUGGUGGGGGAGGAGGCGGCGGCAGAGGAGGUGGGGGUGGUGGCGGUUAUGGGUGGGGAUGGGGUGGUGGAGGAGGAGGUAUGAAAAUGGUUAUAGGUAUAAGGGUGAGUAUUAAAGUUGCUAUCUACGAGUAUGAGAAUGUGUAUUGA